CGUGCCGUCGUGAGCGCGGCGGCGAGGGUGCGCGAGUUACAGAGAGGGAGAGAGAGAGCGAAAAGAGAAGAGGCACGGAGGGUGGAAGCGAGAGCGCGAGGGACGCGAGGGUGGUGGUGUGGUCACACUGGCGCGUCCGCCGUCGACUGACACGUCCACGAGGGAGAUGUGAUGCGGCACGCGCGAUGGUGGACAACGAGUUCCCGGCCGCCGAGAAGAUUCUCCGCGACAUCGAGAACACCGUCCGGAGGAAUCCCACCAUAAGGAGCUUCGUGAUCCUGCCGAUGGAGGACAGCGAGAACCGGUCGCCGGUGUUUCAUCAGGAGGACAGCUUGGGCCUGGCGUCGUGGUGCGUUCAGCCGCUGUACGUGUACACGUAUCGCCGGCUGCUGGAGUAUCGGCGGACGCGCCAUCAGCGGCGCGAGGAGCCCAGCACCGUGGCGAGGUGGCUGCUGGGCGCCCUGCUGUUCAACCCGAGCGUGACGACGUUCUGGAACAUGCGGCGGGAACUGGUGCGCGCCGGUAGGUUGGACCCGCGCGACGAGCUGUCCUUCACGCGGCCGGUCCUCUAUCACACGCCCAAGUGCUUCGAGGCCUUCUCGUACCGAAGCUGGCUGCUGCCGCUCGUCCUGGACGGCGAGCGGACCGACGUCGCCGAGGCGCUGGCGAGCGACGAGCUCGAGCUCGUGCAGACCUGCGCCGAUCGCUACGCGAACAACUACCACGCGUGGAGCUACCGGCGCCACUUGGUGACCCUGUUCGAGUCCCGUGGCUUGCGGCGUCACAGCUUCGACAGCGAGUGGACGAGCACGCUCGUCUGGUGCCGGCAACACGUGUCCGAUCACAGCGCGUACGCAUAUCGGCAGUUCCUGCUGCGAAAGUACAUCCUGGCGGUGGUCUCCACGGGUAGGGACACGCACGACAACUCCGGUUAUCAUCGCGCGAUCCGGCACGACGGCCCGUUCCUCUACAUGGGCCGCCACGACCUCGACGACGACGAACGGACGUUGCUCGAACGUAUUCGCGAGGUUGCGCGUCUCGAGCGCGACCACGGUUACUCGACCACCGACGUACGUAAGCUCAGGUGUUAUCUGACGGCGUUAUCGUACUGGACGGAGGAGUGCCUGUACAACGAGCAGUACAUCACCCUGCACGACAGCCACGAGACGUUGUGGUGCCACCGCAGGUUCCUCGCGCACCUGAUCGCCGCUCUCACCGCCGCGUACGCGAAGCACGCCUGCUACCGCGAGGACGACUUCUGCGACGCCCGAUGCCACGACGAGCCGUCGCUCGCGCCGCUCCUCCGCGACAGACGUUUCACUACCGACGACGACCUGCUAAUGGCGGUUCACGUGAUGCUCGUCAAGUCCUUUUGCUCCGCCAGCGUCGGUAUCAUUGAGAUGGCGGUCAAGCGGCCGCAGGAAAAAGUGUUCAUUGAGAGAUUUUGCAAGUAUCUUGAGAGAAUAGGCUUGCGAUGAUCAGGAUGAUUAGCGCG